UUUAAUUUUAAACAUGAUAAAUAUACGAUAUGAUAUCUAUAAUUUGAUAAGGUGAUAUUUUUCAUGAGACAAAAUCUCAUAAUAGUCCGUGCUGACUCUCUUACCUUAUGUCAGUAAUAUUUUAAUACAAAAUGCAUGGCGUAAGUGUUGGGGUCUUCCUUUCAUGGGAAUGUCAUUCCAUGGCGGCGUCGUGGAGACGAUUCUGUUUAAUGGCUGGUACAUUAAUGAUGUGUCAGGAAUGAUUAGCUCCGUCAUUGGAAUUAUUCUCUUAACUACAUUAUAUGAAGGAUUAAAAUCUUACCGCGAAUAUCUUUUCGCGCGCACGGAAAUUUUUAAGAAGAACCAGAGGGAAUCCAGAAAUGUAUUGUUGUUCUCCAAAGUGCAUUUCCUUCAAACGUUUUUGCACGUAAUUCAGGUAGUUCUUGGCUACUUUAUCAUGUUUAUUUUUAUGACAUAUAACUAUUGGCUCUGUAUCGCCGUUGGAGUUGGAACAGCUGUCGGAUAUUGGUUAUUUGCGUGGGAAAAAACUAAUAAUAGCAAUACAGAGUGUUGCUCGUAAUAUAUAUCUCUAAAAAACUAAAAUUUAAUAAUUUAUU